AGAAAUUUUCCGGAUAAAAAUGACACGAAUGCAUAUUCAUUUUGUUCCAGUAGGCGAUAAAGUGUUGAAAAGAAAAUGGGUUUCGGUAUUGAACCUGUCAUCGCAGUGUCCGUAAUUUGCGGAGUAAUUGUGCUGAUUUCCCCGCUGCUUGUGCGAAAAGGGCCAAACCGAGGUUGGAUGACAACGUACAUGCACCAGAUGAACCCUCUGUUCGGUCCAAUUUUGCACAACACGACGAUUCUUCUCAUGCAAAGGGAGUGGGACGGCAUGUACCCGCACGGAAUCCAAGAAGCUGAUGGCCACAAAGAUGCUGUUGUUGCAGCGCCACUCAUCCUAGCGCUCGUUUUGGCCAUGGGCAUGGAUUUGGUAGUAGCUUCUCCUUUACCCACCACUGGUAUCUGGAAUUACAGAGAAGUUCCCAGAGAUGGACCUCAUCCCAGACGACCAUCUUAUGCCCAGAAGUGA